AUGGCAGACUUCCAAUUUACGAGUGUGACAGAUACGCUGUAUACCUUGUAUUCCAACUUCACCAACAACAUAUCCACGUCUGUCUCCAACCUCACCAUUCAAGACUACAUCCGGCUUGUCUGGAUCAUAGGUGGCUAUUAUUUUCUCCGACCAUACCUCGACAAGGGCUUCAGAAAGCUCUUCGACUCUGGCAACGCAAAGAGAGAAGCCGAAGAAGCCGCUGCUGCCGAAACUGCGGGCAAAACCAAGCUGUCGGCCAAUACCUUGAGGCAAGGCGACGUCUCAGAGAGUGACGAGGAAGGUGAAGAUGAAGGAGAGUCUACUGGGGUGUCGAACUGGGGCAGAAGUGCGAGACGAAAGCAGCGAAAUUUCAUGAAAUACCUAGAGCAGGAAGCUGAAAGGAAGCGGGCGGAAGAUGACGACAAGGAUAUCGCGGAUCUGCUUGAGGAUUAA